AUGAAGCGACCGUUGCAGGUUAUAACACCUUAUUCCAACUUAGUGAAGGACACCGCUGUGGCACAGGUUCAGUUCUCCUCCUCGUCUCGUAGUUCUCCUACGACUGUCUUUUGCGACGACCAACAACAACAGUACGACCGGAGUUAUCAUCCUGAUGGCAAGAGCGAUGAUCUCGCUGUUCCUCCCAAGAAGCGGGUGUUCGUUGGUGGCUUGCCUAAGGACGCUGAUGAGCAUGACUUGCUCUCAAUGAUACAGUCAGUACAGGGCGAGGUAGUAUGUGACGUCAAGGUCGUCAGAAAGAACGGCAACUCUGAUGGAGCCGCCUUUGUCGAGUUCAUCACCCCUGAGCAAGCCCGAGCGUUUAUGGAGAUGUACGGGAACGGUCAGCAGGCUAUUCUCCGCGGUCGGCCCAUUGUUCUCAGACUCGACUGGCCGAAACCGCAGGGUCCUAUCGCCUCGACCUCGGCAUCACAGCCCUCUAGACGAGACGGAAGCUCGUUGGCAUCCCUCAGUGCUGCUGUUGCAGCGGCUACUGUAGCAGCAAUGGGAAGCUCGGGGAGCAUGAGCCAGGCGAACCUGUCCUCGAUUAUUGCAGCUGCUACCGCGGCUGCCACGGCCGCUACUGCUAAGCAGUAUGCAGCCUCAGUAGGAUCUGAUCAUACCUCAACAAGAGGCACUGGCAAGGCUAACAUGUCACCGAUGACCGGGGCUGCUGAGGCGGUGGCCGUCUCUCGGUCGGAUUCUGGUUGCCCCAGUCAUACAGGGGACAGUGCUGAGGUUGAUCGAAUGGUGUCGGACAACGCUGGCUACCGGUCUCGACGAAUCCCGUUCGAUGAUGGUUGCGAUGACACUCACUUCACGGGGAUCGGCAGCGAACCGCAGUCGGGAAACGAGGACAGUCCAUCACGGACCCUAUUCAUCUCGGGCUUGCCCAUUAGCUUUUCCCUGGAGAAUGUGGUCACCAUGUUCAAGGUAUUCGGCCCAAUGCGAGAUGUUCAGCUAGUAUCCUUUCCGCCUGGAUGU